ACCAACCGACAGACGAGGGGAACGGUUACCUCUUUCUUGGCUUAGAAUGGAAGCGAUGUGAGGAAACAGCUGUCCGUUACGCGCCCUCUCGCCGGAAAAGCCUGGCUAAUCCUUCGUCCAUUCCGGCACGUUGACCCCAAUUCCGGCGGCGCCACCCCUUCCUCACCAGCACCACCCACCACUCUUCUAUCUCCACUCAUUGAAAAAGUCCUCUCUCUCUCUCUCUCUCUCUUCUGUCUUCUCUCUCUCUCUCAGCCUCACUAUUUGGUUGGCUCUCAUUCACCAAUACCAUCUUCCUUCUUUUGCUCCUUCCUUCUCCGAAAUUCACCUUUCUUCUUAUUCACCUUCCACAGCCGGAAGCCAUGCAUGAUAAAGCAAAGAAGCGCUUGUUGGUGUAGAGUUUAGGGAGAGAAACAGGAGACGUUGCUGGUGUUGUAUGGAUCAACACCACAAUCAUCAAGGCUUCAAGCACUACUGUAAGAUCUGCAAGAAGGGCUUCGGCUGUGGAAGAGCGCUCGGUGGGCACAUGAGAGCCCACGGCAUCGGCGGGGACGCCGACGGCCACGUAGAGGACGGAGAUCCGACGAGCAACUGGGAGGACAAGCCGGGGAAGUCGCCGAUCAGGCGCAUGUACGCGCUGCGGACCAACCCCAACCGACUCAAGAGCUGCAGGGUCUGCGAGAACUGCGGGGAGGAGUUCACGUCCUGGAAGUCGUUCCUCGAGCACGGGAAGUGCACGUCAGACGCGGAGUCGCUCGUCUCCGGGGACGACGAGGUGGAGGCGGCGGCAGCAGAGGCAGCAGCGGCUGGGGCUGAGGGGUGGCCCAAGGGGAAGCGGACGGAGAGGGUGGCGAAGCAGUGCAAUUCGAAUUCGAACUCGAGCCAGGAGGAGGACGACCUGGCGGCGAAUUGCCUGGUCAUGCUGGCCUCCGGACGAGUCGACCACCGACCGAGAGCGGACAGGCGGAUCCCCGUCGAAACCGAAGAGUCGUGCGCGUCGGCCACCAAGGAAGAUCCGUCGAGCAGCCGGAUAAUCUCCAACGAUCGCGGCGGAUUUGCGGUGGCAGCGCCGAGGGGAUUCGAGUGCAAGGCCUGCAAGAAGGUGUUCAACUCGCACCAGGCAUUGGGGGGCCACAGAGCUAGCCACAAGAAGGUGAAGGGGUGUUACGCCAAGGUCGAUGAACAAGAAGAGAGCUACUUGGAAGAAGAUGUGAUCACUCAUGACGAUUACUCCAUUACAACCAGGACCAAGCUUUUGUCUCAGCCACCGCCGCAGACCAUGUUGCCGCCGAUCAAGAAGAAGCCCAAGGUCCAUGAAUGCUCCAUAUGCCACAGAACAUUCGAAACCGGCCAAGCACUCGGCGGCCACAAGAGGUGCCACUGGGUGACCUCAAACGCCACCGACGCCCUGGUGCAGGUGCGGAACCAGAGGCAGAGGCCCACCUUCCACGAUCAGAUUGACCUCAAUCUGCCAGCGCCGGCCGACGAGCACGCCGGCGUCCUCGAAGAAGAGAGGAAGGUCAGGGAGGCCGCUUCUUACAUACAUCCCUCAUGGCUGGGCAUGAGCCCCAAGACGCCUGUGGAGGAUGAAGUAGAUAGUAGGGUGAAGAUUGGGAAGCUUGGUGAGCUGAAGGACAUCAGCUUGGGGGCUGGGUCAUCCCCAUGGUUGCAGGUGGGUAUUGGGUCAUCAAGCCAUGAUUGAUUAAGAACUGCAAUUUUUUCACGAGAAGACAGGAACAAGUUAAGGAAAACUAAAAACAUUAAACCAUACAUAGAGAUGAAGGAGGACAUCUUCCUCGUUUUUCCCCCCUUCCCAUUUUUGCAUCCAACAUAUAUUGUUUACCAAUGUCUAUACAACCCACAUUAUUUAUGCUGAUUGGGAUGUCCAGGAAACAUUGUUAAAUAAAACAGUCAUAUUGUAUUUAUUCUUUUUUUUUCACGAUUUAUGUGGCUUUCCAUUGAAAUGGAAAGCAGAAGCAACUAAUUGUUGAAGAACUGAAUUUUUCUGUAGAGAAAAAGAGACAAUAGCCUGUGCCAUCUUCAGUUUCUUGCUUCUAUAAGCUUCAAAUGAAAACAAUAAACAGCAGUGGGCUCCCUUGUGGCGUCAACGAGACCUGAUAAGAUCACGCCAUGGCCGUCCGUUGCUA